UAUAUAACAAAACAGAAAAACAAAAUUUACUUAAAACUAGCAAAAGAGCGUUGUGAAUUUAACUAACAAAACUAUAAGAACUUAAAAUAUUGGCGAAUUCUUAUUACAACAAACAACAAAAAACAGAAAAUCUAUUGAACCGAUUGUCUAUUAGUAGUUUUUAAAGUUACAUUUUAAACGAAGAGAAACAUUUUAAACGAGCUUCUAACACACAACGCGAAAAAUUGCAUAAAACAUUAUCCUUAACCUUAACCGCAGCAGUGACUAUAACGAAAAAAAAACAGCGAGCAAGGCAAGUUGGCACGGCGCCAGCCUAAAAGCAGGCUACAACAAAAUAUUAUACAAAUUUUGGCGCGGCAAACGUCGCGACCUUCGCGUGUGCAGGUGCUACACACACCAACACACACACACACACACACACAUACAGUCGUUUAUAGAGCCUGACGACGCUCUGGCCGUCAUGAGCGCAACUGUUUCAAGUCUGAGGGCCUUUGCAUAACCUUAAGCCAGCGGCGCUUUCACUGCUGUGUGUGGUGCAGUGGGCCAUUAAAAAUGCAGGAAAUGAGCUACCUGCAGGAUAAUUCCAAAUUGGAGGCACUUACCAAAGCUGUACUCAUCUCCAUACUAGGCGUAGCCAUAGUGCUAUCAAAUCUGCUAAUUAUAGCCACAUAUGCCAACUUUAAAGGUCCCACAGAGGUCAUCAACUACUAUUUACUAUCGCUAGCUAUAGCUGACUUACUAUGCGGUCUGCUGGUCGUGCCAUUCUCCGUAUAUCCCGCGCUCACCGGCGAAUGGAUGUACGGCGAUAUCGUUUGCCGCUUCACCGGCUAUCUGGAGGUCACACUCUGGGCUGUGUCGGUCUACACAUUCAUGUGGAUCUCGGUGGAUCGCUAUCUGGCGGUGCGCAAGCCGCUGCGCUAUGAGACUGUGCAGACUAAGACGCGCUGCCAAUGCUGGAUGGUCUUCACUUGGAUAUCGGCAGCGCUGCUUUGUUGUCCACCCAUUUUGGGCUAUACCAUGCCCAUAGAGAAUAAUGUAACGCAUAUUUGUAUGCUCGACUGGGGCAAUAUGGCGGCCUAUACUGUUACAUUGGCCAUAUUAGUAUUAGGUCCAAGCCUCAUAUCGAUUGUACACAAUUACGGCUAUAUAUUUGUUAUGAUGCGUAAGUUAAGAUCCGGCGAGCCCAUACAUGAUAAAGAAUAUGCAACUGCAUUGGCUGAAAAUUUAUCGAAUCCUAGUCAUAUGAUGUCAUUCGCAUUAGUCUUUGCAUUCUGGAUGUCGUGGUUGCCUUGGAUAUGUUUACGUCUAUAUGAGGUAGUCACGGGUGAGAUUAUCCAAAGUACUCUUAUCAAUUUCGCAGUCGUUUGGAUUGGCAUAUUGAAUUCGUUUUGGAAAAUUUUAAUUAUGACCGGCAUGUCGCCGCAAUUUCGUAUCGCAUUGAGAGUAUUUUGCUUAACAAUAUGCUGUAAGACUAAGGGCAGAUUGCAAGCGGAGCUAAUCGGGUUGGACCCAGAUGACUAGAGCCGUUAAAUUUUCAAGUAAACGAUUACAUAGAAAUUGGUUGUAACAUUGCAUCUUGUAAAUCAAUAUAUCUUGAAUUGAACUGCAAUAUACAUAGUUUUGCGCCAUUAAUAUGAAAACAAAUACUUGUACCCCAGGCCACAUAGUUGCAUAUUUAGUGGUACGCCUGGCACCUACGCAAAACCAAAUCAGCAAAAACCCAGCCCGAACACCACAACAUCAACAACAUCAACAACAACAAUAAUAAUCACAAUCAACAACAGCAACAACAACAUCACAACAACAACAACAGCAAUCACAGCAACCAAUACACUGACAAGUUGAAAGACAUAUUCAUUUAGUAGCGAGUAAGACUAAGUUUUUGUUAAGAGAUCUUUUAGCAUACGUAUGUAUAUGUAAUUUAUGAUUAUAUAAUUCAAAUUGAACAUUUAUUAUUAUGAGCUUAUGAACAUAUAGAAUUAUAUAUAUAUAUAUAUGUAUAGCUACUAAUAUCAAAGGCAUACACACUACGAAAUCAAAUUCCGUUUAACUGCAUUUCCUCUAUGAUUUUACGAAAAUCUUUCUAUACCACAUACGAUACACAUAUGCAAAACGUGAGCGCUAGGCGCUUCUAAAGAUUUUUCAAAAAGUCCAUAUUAAGUAGCAUUUAGUAUUUUACAACUCUAGUGUUGAAUCAAUAAUUGCCAAAAAAAAAAGACAAAAGCUCAUGCCGAAUUCGCACGCUUCAGUAGCGUUGGUUUAACGUCUAUCGAUGGUAUAGAUUAAUUUCAAAACUAUAAGUUGUCUUUCAUUAAAUAACUUGAUUUGUAUAGUUACCAUCGUUAGUGUUCCAACUCUGCGCCUCAGCGCUUUCAAGGCAUAACAAUAAAAAAUUAACCACCUUACCACUACCACUGUCCCUAGAAUUCUUUACCUAACUGCAAGCUAGUUUCUUAUAAAGCCCCUGUAAUGAACAUUUCCAGUAGUUUUUAACAUUUAACAAGCAUUAGUUUUAGUUCUCGAGUAGUAGUUAAUUGAGAGCAACUGUAAUAAUUGCAUACAAAUCGUAAAUAUAAUAAUCAUCUAGUUUACGUCUAAUAAUUUAGAGUUUAGCCCAUAAGUUCGUUAGACUAUAGUUUGAUUAUGUAUACAAUUUAUCAUUUGCCUGGCGCUAUGUGAGCGCAGCUUGUUUCAGAUUUCAACAGUUGUUGCAAUUUUACCUAGUUCCCUUAGUGGGUAAAAUUCAGUUUCUAAGAUCUGUGACAGUGGUGCGCUCAUAUGUGUGUUCCUUGGCUCAUGUUUGUUGUUAAAUAUUGUUAUGGAAAAAAAAAAGAAUUAUUGAAAAAUGUUAUUCAUAAAGCAGGCCAACAGAAUCAACCUUGUACCAUAUUGUGUUAUUUGUAUAUUAAUUUAUGUUUAAAAUUAAUUUUAGUAAAGCAAAUGUUGUCGAUUUGAUAUGUAAGUGAAUGAAAAGCAAAAAAGUGUUGAAAAAUAUAUAACAGUAAAUAAUGUGGUAAAUGA